CAUAUGGCACUGCUUUUCAAGUAGGGUAAUUUAAGGUAAUCUUUUGAAGACAUGGCAACAGUUGUCAUGACAACAGUGAUACGCUUAACCUCCACGGUCUCUGGUGUGACAAAUUAAGGAUGUCCACGUCAACCAGGAAACGCACCCCAGACUCAAACAUGAAAGCAGCUUGCAGCACAGAAAACUCCAUGAAGAAAACGCCUACAUUGGAAAUGCAACGUGCAACACAGCUUCCAGAAAGCACCUUCUGCCUGGCAUGCUCUGAGGAUGGCAGGUUCCUCAGCCUGGGUCACUCCCGGGGUUUCUCUGUGUGGUGUGCAUCUUCUCUGCUCUGCACUGCAGAGUGGCUGCAGGAUGGGAUAGAAAUGACUUCUAUUCAAAUCACAAGAAUGACUGAGACAGCUUAUCUGCUCGGCACAGUUGACAAUAUGGGUGUUGCCAGAGUCUUUGCAUAUCACUGUGAAAGCAUUCACCUCCUCAGUGUUAUCAACAGCAUGGAAAAUAUCAACAAAAGGAGCAUUUGCUUGACAUUUGUACUGUCUGAAGGGGGAGAUUAUGGAGUGGCGUCAAUCAGCUGUAACAGUGACGUUUGGCUCGAGGUCUAUCACUUCCCCUCAGAGGCUUGGCUCAAAGAGUUAGAGAUGGAACGAUCAUCACAAAACCAGGACCCAGGCUCAUCUGCAGAUGUGGACGAGAAAUGGUCUCCACUUGCUGCGGUAAUUAAAAUCCAGCCACCCAAGACUCCAGCAGGGACAGAAUUGGAUGGUCCACUCGAGCUGUUGCAGAAGAACGACUUUUUCACACAUUGUCUGGCUCUGGAAAAAGACACGGGCAGCAGUCGUCAAAGGGAUGAAAAGCCUUUUGAUACAGAAGCAAGAAAAAGAAAUGAAAGCCCAAGGCGUUGCACCCAGCACUUUCUUCUGCCUUGUGUUCAGUUUCCUGGUGACGGUCAUGCAAAGGAUCAGCCCGCAGCAUUGCCUGUUGCUGUCUGUGUGUGGUGGAGUGGCAGCCAUAAUCUUUUUCAUUAUUUGCUACAAAAGUCACCAAAGAACAAACCAGAUGUGGAACCCAUGCCAGAUGUGUUGUGGCCGAAUGCAAAGGAGAUCCUCUGCUCUGCUGUUAGUAGAUGCACCCGUUUCAUUGCUCUUGGGCUCGACGAUGCGUUGGUGUGUGUGUGGGACAGGCUGUCUGGUUCUCCUUUGUCUGUCGUCCCAGUGUCAGCAACAGACAGUGCUUUCUUCAGGAUGCAGUUUGUGGAUUUGGGUCCUGAGUCUGCUGAUGAUUCCCAAGCGGCUGCAACAGUCUGUCUUUUAGUGUUGUGUAAAAGUGGAACGAUUCAUUCAGUCACCACAGGACGAGGGGCUCAAUCCUGCACAGCGCAGCUCAAUGAGAGGCCAAAAGACAGCGGAGACAUCCCGACUGUCAUUGCAUCAGUGCCGUUCCUGCAGAGUUUGACACUUGUGAUGCAAAGAAAUGGAAAAAUGUCCCUCAAAGAUGUCCCCAACAAAACCACAGUGUGCUUCUUGAAUCCUCCCAAAGCUUGUCAGGUUUCCACUCCCUGCAGUCCUGUUUAUGCUCUGAACAAUAAACAGCAGACCCUGAUCAUACAAGGCGAGCAGGACUCCAGCUGCAGCGGAGGGAGACAGAGCCAGCUGUUCGUCUUCCGUUUUGGAGAGUCUGACAUCAUCAAGCAGUAUAUAAUUUCACAUCCAGACUCUCAAAGACAACAAAACACACUGAGAGGUGUCACACUAGAGGAAGCCUGCAAUAUCUACCUCCAGCAAAGAGCACUGUCUGUGGAUGAAAGGAACAACGCGAUAACACACUCAUGGAAGCAGCUGCAGGACUCUGCACUGCUGGACCAACAGAGACAGAGCAGAGCUGCAGCCAGCUGAGGGACAGCAUCUUGUUUUGCUCUGAGGUACUAUUGUAUUUCUGCAUGUUCAUUUUAUGCCAUUUAAGAUGUGCACCCUGCAUAUAAGACUCUUAAUUACUGGUCCAAAUGUGACCAUACAGUACCAACAUAACCUUAUCUCCAGGUUUUAAGCAAGAACCAUCAAACAUAUUUGAGACACUGAUCCUGAAUCAGCUUAACUACAAAAAGGACUUUUUAAUUUUUUAUAUGUUGUAUAAGUUGUUAUACGCAGUGCUGGAAGGCCUUCUCUGAUAUUUUAUGUAAAAGGAUGAGUGUAUUUGGACUGAUUAUGACUCCUUUGGGGUCCUUGAAUGUCUCAUAUGUCAAGUUUUAUUUAAUGACAGGACACACAAAAAAUAAAACAGGGUGCAAGAAGUAUUUAAGUACAUUUGGAGUUGUAAAGUCUGUCCUAUAACAGUAUGUGAAAAUAUGUUUGGGCUUAAGAAGCAAAAAGGAGCUAAAUAUUGCCUAUUUGUAUUGAGUACCAUAGCGGAACAGCAAAUUGGAAGGCAAUAUGUGAGAGGGACUCACACUGUUGAAUUAUUCAUGAUUUUCUCUCUUUAUUAGCUCGGAAUGGCAGCAGAUUUGAAUUCUUGAGCUUCAAUGUGCAGGUGGUGUUCAUUUGACAGAGAUUUCUUGGAUGACAUCUCUCCUUCCGUUUGCAUGGAAACACCUAUCUCCAUUGUUGUACUGCAUCUUCAGCAUAUCAGAUGGGACUGUAUGAAAAUGAACUGCUACGGAAAACCGAUUUGAAUAUGUGCUCAAAAGCCUCAUUAUAAAUGAAAUAAAGAAAUUACUGAGGGUGACGGCAAAGGGCCCAAAUAUCAUUGAUAGCGCAGGUGAUCUAUUUAAGAUAUCCAAAUUUAGACAGUCAAACAGUGCAGCCUAUAAUUAAGCUCACAAAAUAGAAACCUAUCUCUCAUUGUUGUUAUUUUGCUGUUGGUUUUGUGCUUUUUAGUCAUUUGCUUGAGGCAUUGUGCUUUAUCAGCAUUUGUUGUCACCCCCAGCUCCAAAGCCCCUUUGUUUGCCCUUGCCUGGAAAUGUCCAGUUAUCUGCAGCGAUGGCCUUUUUAGGCAUUUUUUCUCAUUAGUGCAAAAGUAAAACAAUAACAGAGAAUCCCUUAUCAGAAAAUGGUCUGCCUCUGAAGCGAAAUGUCAAACUGUUGAACUUAUUUUGUUUCAUAAAGAUUAUUACAUGUUGAAACAAUAGUUGAUAAAGCCAGAUGUGUAGUUGCAAAUAGAAAAUGUUUUCCCUAAGGUUAUGUUUUAAAUAAGGAUUAUUUUUCUUAUCCUGGAGGCAAACAAUGUUUAUGUAUACAUGGCGUUAUUUGGUGCACUCGAUUUCACGUUCAGGUAGAGUAAAUGCAUGCAGGAAUUCAUUCAGUGAAGGUUAAUAAAAGAAGAAUGAUGCAGGCAUCAAUUGAAACAAUGCAAGUUUUCUUAGUACUGUUUAAUAUGAUAUGGGCUUAGCAGAAAUUCACCUAGAAAAUCUUCCAAAUAAAUUACA